AUUAUGGCCAAAGAAUGUAGUGUGGUGACAUGUGAGUGUUUGCAGGAAUUAAUAGGAUUCUUCUCUUCUCAUGGCUACAAAGCAAGCAGCAAUGAAAGAAACUUUCAGAUUGUUGAAAAAAUGUCACUUCAUCUUUUAGCCAGAGAUUACUUCAUUGAAACAGUGGAUAAUAGUGAUGGAAAUCUUUGUCCUCAUUACCCAACCCAUCUCAUGAUAAUUGCCAAGAGGGAGGAAGAUAAGGAUAUUGUUAAUAAUGCCGGUCGUCUCAAAGAGUUCUUUAAAGUAUCGAAACUAGCUCGGUCUCUCUCAAGGUUUCCUGUACCUGUCAUACUAAUAGGCAACAAGAAUAUUUGUCGCUCCUCCACACUCUCGACUGCCAUGGAGCUUUAUGGUAGAUCAGGCCUGGACUGGGUAUUCUCUGGUAAAGGAAAGAGUGGUGGAAGCAAAGAACCCGAAGAAGUCCUUCAACCAAAAGAAAAGAGAUUAUCUGAGUGGGCGUUGGUUGAUCAAGCUAGAGAGUUUGACUCACAGUUGAUCACUGCGUUAGGAGUAACACUGAUAUGUGAUCUGAUGGUUGAGAUGAGAAAAACAUCAUAUGGACUGACUUUAACAUCAUCAGAAAAAGCUGAUGGCAGAUUGUGGUACUCACAAUUCACCAUUGCUUCACUACCAUAUCCAGGCUGCGAGUUCUUUGUACAUUACAGGCAGAAUAAGGACUCCAUUGGAUCAGUUCGUUAUGACUGGAGCAUGCCAUCAAAUGAUGCAGUCAUUAACGUACCCAGUCCAUUGCCUGAAUCUGUUGGAAUUGAUUUUACAAAAUACAAAUCAUGGAAUAUUAUUCAACAUACUCAGAACUACAUUAAGCUCCUAUUGCAUUACCUCCAAUAUGAGGAAGGUGGCAUAUUAAUACACUGUGUUGCAGGCUGGGACAGGACCCCCCUCUAUAUAUCAUUAUUAAGAUUAUCACUGUGGGCAGAUGGCCAUAUCCAUAAAUCACUUUGUCCUAUAGAGAUGCUGUAUCUUACACUAGCUUACGAUUGGUUCAUGUUUGGGCACAAGUUUGAGGAGAGGCUCCGUAAAAAUGAAGAAGUCUUAUAUUUCUGUUUUGAUUUCCUUCAACACAUCACUUCAGACGAUUUCUCUUUUAAUUUGGCUCCACCCACAACUACACCCAUUACUGGCACCGAAUUAAAGCAUAACAGAGGAGAACAAUUACUAAAAAUUAGGGAAAUAUUUUUAAAAGUGUACGACGCUGCUAUACCACUUAAUCCUAGUCAUCAUGAACCAGCAAGGAAUGAAGGCAGAGGUGGCGGAAUAUGGGGGCGUGUCACAAGUUACUUUCCUGGAAAUGGAAGUACUGGCAUGUGAUUAAUACUUAUUAUAAUUAUUAAUUUAUAUUUAUAGUGAUUAUUGUCUUUUUUUCCCUCAGAGUGUAUUUUCUUAUCAUUUUUAUGUAAAACUUUUUAUAUUUAAAAAGUUGUUUACAUUCAUAUUCGCCUUUACUCAUCACAGGGAAUUU